AUGCACCAACGAACUUAUUACGACAUGGAUAUGAAAGAAUCAAAGACUGAAGAUGUCAUUGAAUGGACUUGCUCUGGAAGUGUUCAGAUUUGGAGUCAUAAUCCUGCUGUCAGGAUCACGGGUACCUAUAGACGGGUUCCUCAAGAGUCGUACCCAGAAGUCGUACUCCGUCUACCCGUUCCCGUCCCCGGAACAUUUCGCUCCAAGAUUCGCUUCAAUGCUCAGUGGACACAUGACUGGACCAAAGAAUGGAGACGGCAAUGGCGAGCCAGUCUUGCUACCGUUACUUAUGACCUGGACAUUACUAUAGGAGGGCAGACCGUUCGUUAUGUGAAAAAAGAAGAUAUGCCGGCUGAACAGUAUAGGAUUGAAAUUUUCGGACCAGCUGGACCCUCUGAACGGGGUGCCCUGUCUGCAUAA